UUUUCCUCAAAGUAGUCUAGAUAUCUAGUUAGCUAGAAUCUAUUUAUCAUCUCAGUCUGUCACUCUGAUUUGAGAAAUUUGAAUUGAAGCCAACAUUUAGACAAGUGCAUGGAGCAGUCAAUGUCAUCAAUGAACUGUUAAUUAUGGGCCAUGACUGUGGAAAUGUUGUUGUAGAAGCCCUUAGAGACUGUCUCUCUCUGCCCACAAUAAAAGCCCCCACCACAUUCUGUGCACAAAAACAGGAAGAUGUUUCAAGGCAAAUCUCAGUUUACAAGAAGCACAACCGCUGUCCAAUGAACUUAAAACAGAAUUGUGUACACACUGAGACUGAGCAAUAUAAAUAUUCUCCUGGUGUCAAUAUGGCACUGGUAGUGAGCUUCAAAAGGAGACUACAGAUUUUGGAGGUUAUUUUAAUGUUGCUAAUUAUUGCUGGAGAUGUUGAGACUAACCCGGGUCCUGUGGACAAACUCACUCCCUUAAAUAUUUUUGCCGAAUUGGUUGAGUUAACUGAUCCCGUUCCUUUUGGUAAAGAACUCGGUAUUCCUCAGCUGGAAUUAGACAGAAUUCAAAAUGAUAACCCCAACGAUAUUAACAAACAGAAAAUGGCUCUAUGUCAAUAUAUUGUCACUAACUGUGAGCUACACAGAAUUGACUGGAAUAAAAUUGCUGAUGCUCUCAGACGCAUUUCAAUGGAACAUUUGGCAGUGAAAAUCAGAGAGAGUUAUUGUCAACAAGAUUGUUCCUCUUCUAAUUCUUCUACCGAGUAUCUCUCAGCAGAGGAAGAGCUCCCACAAACAGUACCAUUGUCUGGCCAGUUGACACCAGACCGUCAAGUCCAACUACCUGCAGUGCAAGAUGGUGAAAAACAGUCACAUUCUCGAACUAGGAGAAUUAGGGGUGAACCAAAAAAGCAGCAGGAACAAGAGACUUCUGAUGCUUCAGCGUCAGCCACCAUGGGUCCUCCUGAACCUAGCACUGAAGUGACUCUUCAAGAGAUUGUGAAAAGAAACCAUCUAACUGAUGUUCAACUCAACUGUGAAAUAGGGCAUGGAGAUAUUCCCCUCUUGGCUAAAUAUUUUGACAAGAUUGAAUUAUAUCCCAAACUAAUGAACCUUACUCCAGCUGAAGAACAGGACGUGGUAAACACUUUGCAUGCAAGAGGCAGCCAAGUUGCGAUGAUCAAGUGCUUAUCUCUGUGGAAAGGACACGAUCUUUUCAAAGCAAAAUACACAGCUCUACUGGAAGUUUUACUCAGGCUGGAGAAAGGAGAGAUAGCCAAUAACGUCUGUCUGUACUUGGCUGCAAAAAAUACCCUUAGAGACUGUCUCUCUCUACCCACAAUAGAAGCCCCAACCACAUUCUGUGUACAAAAACAGGAAGAUAUUUCGAGGCAAAUCUCAGUUUACAAGAAGCACAACCGCUGUCCAAUGAACUUAAAACAGAAUUGUGUACACACUGAGACUGAGCAAUAUAAACAUUCUCCUAGUGUUCCUAUGGCACUGGUAGUGAGCUUCAAAAGGACACUACAGAUUUUGGAGGUUCUUUUAAUGUUGCUAAUUAUUGCUGGAGAUGUUGAGACUAAUCCUGGCCCUGUUCACAAACUCACAUCAUUGAAUCUAUUUGCCGAAUUACGGGAGUUGACAAAUCCAAUUCCUUUUGGUAAAGAAGUGGGUAUUCCUCAGCUGGUAUUAAACCAAAUUCGAGAUGAUCAUCCCGAUGAUGCAGUGAAACAGAAAAUGGCUCUAUGUCAAUGUAUUGCCACAAACUAUAAGUUGCUUGGAAUUGACUGGGAGAAAAUUGCUGAUGCUCUAAGAGAGCGAAAGUUGGCAAUGAGAAUCAGAUGGGAUUAUUGUCACUAUGCUGGCCAGCCACUAACAGACUGUCAAGUCCAACAGCAACAUGAGCGAAAACUUUCAUAUUAUCUAGAUAGGAGUGCAGUAAAGAAGCAGAAACAAGAGACUUCUGGUGCUUCGGUAUCAGUGAACAUGAUUUCUCCUGGACCAAAAUUUAAUACGAAAGUGACUAUUGAAGAGCUCAUGGAAAGGCACCAUUUAACUCGUGCACAACUCAACCGUGAACUAGGGGAUAGAGAUAGUGUUCUCUUGGCUAAAGAUUUUGACAAUAUUAGAUUAUAUCCCGAACUAAUGAACCUCGAUUCAGCUGAAAAACAGGACGUGUUAAACACUCUGUGUACAAGUAGCCAAGUUGCAAUGAGUCAGUGCCUCUCUUUCUGGACAAAACAUAAUCCUUUAAAUGCGACAUACAUAGCUCUACUGAAAAUUAUACUCGAGCUCGGAGCAGGGAAGACAGCUGAUAAUGUAUGUCGGUACUUAGCUAAAAAAAAAGAGAGCAGUGGAGCAGUGAUUCGAGAUUUUUUGUCAUUAGAACAAAUGUAUCAAAAGUUUCGCGCAUUAGUAAUCGACACAAUCAAAGAAAUUCAACGGAGAUUUGAAGUUUGUGAUCUGAUUAUCACUUUACAGGACUUUUUAAAGAAAAAGUGGUAUUUCUCUACACAAGCUAUAGCUGUAGAUUGCUUGGAUAGUCUCCAAACUUUUGAUGAUGUUGAACACUAUUUGCUAAACCAUUACUGCUGUUCAUGGUUUGACUAUGAAUUAAUUGAAGAUCUACGAAAUGAAUUUCUCUUCACUAAAAACAGCAGUAAACAUGAUUCAGUUUUAAGUGACUACGAAGAGAAUUUUAAAAUGUAUGUUAGUCGACGUCGUUUUAUUUUUGAUACAACUAAGAAUACAGGUCAACAUGAUAAUCCUAUAAAAGAAGUUGAAGUGAAUUGCAAAACAGACUUACAGUAUAACCAGCUUUCCUAUGAAGUGAUCCAACAUCUGAAGCAUUUUUUCACAAAUAUUCUUGGCGCCUCAAAAUACAAUUUAUGUUUCAAACGAGCAAGAGAAGGCUGUACUGAGCUUAUAUUCGGAGCACCUCCUUACUUUGGGGAAAUCCAUCAGCUGUCACAAUAUCAGAAAUCUCAGCUCAAAGCACAUGGCUUCCUCAAAGUAACUAUAAUGGAGCAAACUCUAUUUGAAGUUGAUCCAGAGGAAGUUGGACUGAAAGACUCGGGUUCUGUGUCUUGUCUCGGUAAUAGUGAGAUCAGCAGUACUUGUAGUGAAGCAGACAAUGAGACACGUGAUGGAGAAGAGGCAGAUAUUGAUACCACGGACCUUGAAUACACCUCUACAGGUCCUGGAUCUAAAGUGGAAGUAACCUAUGAUCAAAUUCUCACCAAUAUUUGUGAGAAUGAACUUGAACUACAAGAGGAAAUGGACCUAGAUGUGUCUCCGUGCUCGCUCUGGAAAGCUCUUCACAAUGGGCAGCAGUGUAUGGGAUUAAAAUACAAUGGCAAGGAUGAUAUACUGAAAUUUAGUGAAUUUAUUGAAGAUGUGCAACAGAAUAAACCCAAUGUAAUUCCAGCAAAAUGUGUUCAUUUUGAUACUAAACUCUCUUCCCACCCCAUUAUCCUGUUUGAAGUUGAGCAGCCAUUCAAAGAGUAUUGCUUUUCCUCUGAGACCGUAUCUGAAAUGCAGCAACUAUCAUUAUUAUGGAAUGCUUCUAUUAGUGUUCUUGGGUUCUCGUCGAGUAUUACGAUUCAAUUGACUACAGAAUCUCUCUUUGUACACAAAGCUAGUACAGAUGACACAAAAGCAAUAUUUUUACCUAUGUAUGAGCAUUCGUACUUCCAUCAAUUAGAACCUAAAACUCAACCUGUGUUGAAUUGGCUUAAAGAUACUCUUCUUGUGAUGGUCCAUCUUAAACAGUACAGCAUCAACUCUGAACUACCUGAAAACCACAUUCUCUUCAACAUUUUCAAGCACAAGUGGUUCUCUGACGAUAAACCAGGCUGUCUAAGUAUAACAGAUGUUGCCAAAGAACUAGAACACAUACUAGAUCUGGAGAAAACCAGGCUGGAACUGAUUGAUACUCUAGCGGACUCUGAAUAUUUGGAGGUACCACAUUUGCACAUGUUUCUCAUUGGACACACUGGAGUGGGAAAGACGUCCAUUAGAAAGCAUCUUCAGAACAUUCCCUUUAAUAAUGAGGAGAAAAGCACGAUCAUAAUGGAGCAGGAACUUUUAUAUCAAGAAACAUUUGAAAGUACAGUGGACUCCAAUAAAAGAACUGUGGUGUUUGAAAAGUACGACAGCGUUUAUAAGAGCGACCCAGAUAAGAUUUAUCUCACUCUCUGGGACACAGGAGGGCAACCAAUGUUUCAAGAUCUUCUUCCUUGCUUCGCCAAAUUUAGAUCCAUUUAUGGCAUUGUUGUUCGACUAUGUGACCUGUUGGAUAAUUCCAACGCUUCCAUUAGACCUACCUUCCCACUUGAAAUAGAGAGAGAGGCGCCUUACACAUCUACUGAUUAUCUGUAUCGAUGCCUUUCCUUUAUAGAUUCUACUUCAUUUGAUCUGCAUCUUAGCAACCUUCCAGAUAUAUUGAAGAAGAGAGUAUUCGAAGCAGCUAAUGAAACGGCAUUCCCCAAAGUAGCCUUUAUCGGCACUUUCAAAGACCAAAUUAAAUUAGAUUCUGAAGACAAGCAGCAAGACUUGGAACAAGUAUUGUUUCGGUUAAAAGAUAAUCUGGAAACAGACUUUCUUGAAAACGUAAUCUUACCUUCAACUUCUGCACCCAACUCUGUUAUGUUUGAGAUAGACAACACACAAUCGGGAGCAAAGUAUGAUGAUGAUCCUGGAAUGAAAACUUUGCGAGAGCAAAUAGUUUCCUGCACAAAGAGUGCCAAAGCAAAGAUACCUAGAAAAUGGAUUGAUUUCAAGAUCGAUCUAGAACGAGAAUCACGCUUACAAAAGCCUUGCACAGGAGUUGUGGCAUUUGAAAAGGCUAGUAAAAUAGCUGAUUUGCACAAAACAGAUCUUAGAGCAGCUCUCUGCUAUUUUCAUGAACUUGGUAUCUUCAUAUGGUAUCACGACAAGAAAAAUCUCCAAGAAUAUGUUUUUGUUGAGCCUAAGAAUUUACUUUCCAUUCUUGGAACUAUUCUUGACCCCCAAGUGUAUACUGAUCUCCCUGAGCAAUGGAAGCAGCUUCAAACACAGGGUAUUCUUAAUGUGCAAGUUUGUGAAAAGCUCCUAGCGGAUAGUAAGACAGGUAUCCCGCUAUCAUGGAUUCUUAGCUUCUUUGAAGAGCACCAUUUAGCAAUACCUCUACUGGAAGGCUACUUUAUUCCGUCCAUGCUCCAGGUACUUCCCAUUUGUCCUAAUCAUCAGCAUGUAUUUAAAGCGAGCAUUUCAGCUUGUUCUGUAUUACAAGCCGAUUUAGAAGUGGCACCUCUCUUUUUGGUUCCCAAAUCCAAGUUUGUAUCACCAGGUUUUUUUCCAAGACUAAUGACCGUACUUUCUGGAAUCAAAAAAGGCAGUAUAAUAUGGAAACUGUCACCUGAUUUUAUAAAUUGUAAGAACAUAGUGUCAUUCGAAAUUAAUAACCAAUUCCGACUUGUGUUCACUGAGUUUAUUGACUGUGUUCGAGCUCACUUUGAUGGACUUACUGAUGACAAUAUUCCCCACCAUGACCUAUGUCUUCAAAUUGUAUCUACUCUUAACGUGCAGCUGCAAAGAGUUGUCAAUACCAAGUCGAUACGCUUAACAUUUUUGUGUUCUUGCUCUGAACAUUCAUCUAGCACCAAUUUUCUCAAAUAUUUGCCGUUUGCAACGGAUAAUCAUGUAUCAUGUGGUGAACAUGUCGGCAAACAAAUGGAGCUCACUACUGCUCAAAAAAUAUGGUUGACUGAUGAACACCACCCAAAGAUAGCCACUCUAAAAGAUGCUGAGGCUAGAUUUGAGGCUGCAAUGAAAGAAAAUAAGUUUGGUCUGCGGUUCACAACAAUUCUUUUCACGGGUGUGCCAGGAUCAGAUGUCAAUGCUUGCAAGCAAAUGAUUAUGGAUAAAAACUUUACUCCUUUUGAAUCACCACACUCAUUGGAUCCCAUUCAAUCUGGAGCAGAUGACAUUGAAUUUAGUUAUUAUACCGUCAGUGAUGAAAAGAUUAAACCUUUACACGAUGAUGAUUUGGAUAUGGUGUUUGCUUGUAAUGCUGCAGUACAGACUCCAAAGUUAGACGAGUCAGAAGAACCUUCUGUACUACAAGGACCCAAAGAAGCAUCAAGCGGAAAUGACGAGUCGGAUGAACAUUCCACACAACAAGGAUCCAAAGAGGUAUUAUCACAUGAAAACCCUGAAACUAAACGAAGUAAGCAAGAAAAGGUCGCUCAAUCUAUUGAAAAAGAAGUUGACGUGCCAAAAUCGAUACUUGCUUCCACUUCUCUAACCUAUAAACCAAUUCCUGAAGAGACUUUAUUAACAUGUAUAGAAGAUAUUUUGCAACUAAUGGUCAAUCGCGAUCGAUCACUUACAACAGAUUACGAUAAUUUGAACAUUAUUAAUUGCGUAUGCUACUCUGAUAUUUGGUUGUUAGAUGUACUUCCGAUUUUCCUUAAAGCCAUCACCAUAGGCAUUAAAUGCAUUAGUAUCAGACAAGAUCUUGAAGAAGAAAUAUUCCUUCAGGAAAUUUCAGUUACCAGAGAUGAAGAAACACGCAUAUCUGUCACUAGCCAGCAAAUUAUAAAAGACAUCAGUAUGUUAUCAACAAAACUGAUGGUCGUUGGUAAGCAUACAAAAUUUGAAUCGAUUGAAACUACUAUUGAGAGAAAGAAUGAGAUUCUUUUUGCAGAUAAUGGACAGGCAAAGCUUAUUAAGGAUGGAAAACAAGCAGUAUUUGAAGUAGGCAAAUCGUCGAGGGAGACAGAAAAUAUCGAACGACAGCUAGUAUCAUCGUUGGCUUUGAGUGAACAGAAGCACGUUUCUCUAUCCUUCUACACGCUUGGUCAUGCUAUCAAAAAAUUUAUGCGACAGUACAAUCGGCCAUUUAUUAGCAAGCAAGAGAUAUCGAUUAUUGCCACUAAAAUCGGACUAUCACCUACUGAUCUGGAAAUUGCCUUACUUAACUUGCACAUGAAUGGCUUGAUUCUUUAUUAUGGUAAUGUCCUUCCAAAUGUGAUAUUUAAAGAUUCGACCAUAUUGCUCAAAAUAGUUGCUAAAAUAAGGUUAAUUAGUGCUUAUUUUCCCCUCAGUACAAUUGAAGCUUGUAAUGAAAUGUAUGCUGAAGGACUGUUCACAUGUAGAGAUGCAAUUUCCCUAUUCAAAGAUUUAAACGUAUUGAUUGAGCUGGAAAAUUCAUUCUUUUUGAUGCCAUGCUUACUGAGGGAAGAAGUCAGUGUUGAAACUUUCAGCUCUAUUUUCGGUGUUAGUGACACCAAAGUUGCUCCACUGGUGAUCCAGUGUUCAUUAGCCCGUGGCUCGUUUGAGUACAUCAUGUGCUACUUGUGCUCACAGUACAAUGGUCACCCAUGGCCUUGGAAAAUUAAUCGUGGUCGAAGUUUUUUCAAAAACUGUGCACAGUUUGUUUUACCCGGAGUUAAUGCUCUCAUUACUUUGUAUAGAAAUGAAGAUGCUGAAAUGACUGUUUAUAUAAAUUCAAUGGAAGAUCAUGAGAUUCUACCAUCUAUCAGAACUGCAAUUGUUACUGGUUUAAACAUAGCCGCCGAAACGUUUCACAUUUCUGGUCAAGCUCUUCCUGUCGUUGGGUUUCACUGCACAUGUGAUCAGGAUAACAACACACACAUGAUCGUUCUCAGCAAAGAGGAUCACUGGAGAUGUUCUGUUACGAAUGAAGUAAUUACAGUUUCUACUGCUCAAGAUAUCUGGUUUACUAAGACGUAUGAUGGUUCUGACACAGUUACCGUUCACAACGUGUUUGCUGAGCUCAUUCUAUGGUCCAGUUCAUGGUACAAAGUAGGAAUGCUCUUCAACUUGGAGAUUGAUGUGCUGGAAACCAUAACAUUACAGUACCGCCAAGACACGGAUGCAGCACUAAUGGAGGUGAUAAGAAAAUGGUUCCACACUCAUCACAACCCAAGCUGGGAGGAGGUUCAGCACAUUUUCUCGAAUCUGAUUGUUUCAGAUGCGUCACUAACUAAGCAAAGGUAUUCCAUGACUGAAGAUGUUUUUAAAAAGUGUCUCCCCAACCUUAUGCACAAUACUAGUGUAGCCACACUCCUUCCAUACUUGCUAAAAUAUCGUCUGGUACGUAUGUCUGACAUCGAUUCCGUACAAUCGCUCUAUCUUGACAAUUCAACCAAAAUAACUAAUCUGCUCAACUUAACAAACAAAAAUGGAGGUAAAAAUGGUUUUGGCUUACUCUACAAUUGCUUGUUUAAAACCAGUGAGGAGCAUCAAGAACAUGAUGAAAUUGUUCAAGAACUUAAGAGAUGUGCUCUGUCCUGUAGUCCCAUUGCAAUAGACCCCCCAUCAGAUAUUGAUCAUGCUGUUGAGUCAGUGGAUGCACUCAUCAAAGAAGUCUCUGACCACAUUGGACGAGAUUGGAGUGGCUUUUCUACUGACCGUACAAUAGGAGGAAAUGUGCUCUCUAUUGACGAUCUGCACGAUGUUUUUGAUGCUGUUAUUUAUACGGCAGAUAAGUGGUACUACUUCGGCUUCGCUUUGAAGGUUGAUGAAUUUACUUUGAGGCAGAUUAAAGCUAAUAAUGGGAAUUCUGAUUGCAGAGCAUGUCUACGAGAGACGUUGUCUCACUGGCUGCGAAACGGUCAAUCGACAACCUGGCAGGACAUUAUCCGAGCCCUUUGCUCGCGAUUUGUAGAUCAGAGAAAAAUUGCUGAGAAUAUAGCACAAUCCAUGAGAGGUCUCACUUUGCCAGCCACUCCAAGAACGUUCAGUGCAUCAGAGGAUGUAUCAAAACCGAGUGGGCAAUCAGGUGAUUACAUGUCCAUUUCCAGAGAUGGGCUAUCAAAGGAACACCGUGGCUCUUCAAUUGCCUCAAUGACCAGUCUCAACAGCCCAACUCAUGCUGGGCCCAGUGACUUCCCACAUGAUCUGCAGUGGAACACUCGGAGAGAUAUUUCAGCUCUCCGAAUGUCCAGCCCCAUCGAUGCUGCAGUUUACGGUGACACGGCAUACUUCAGGCCCUAUCACAACAGGAACAUCUAUUCAUACAAUUUGACGAGGGGAUGGUCAACACGUGCCGAUUGCCUUGUCAGAAAUACUUCUUUGGUUGUGUUGCCUGUCCCUUACAAAGGAGCUUACCAAUUCCUUCUUUACACAAUCGGUGGAAUCAAGCGUAAAAUUCAUCGACAAAAUGAAGACGAAGGUGAGUUUACAGAUGCUAUCUAUCAGUUGACCGAUAGAGAAUGGACACGCUCAAUUUACCCAAAAUUGAGGACGAAACGAAGCCAAGUGACAGUUGUGUUUAGCGAUGGCUGCCUAAUCAUAGCUGGUGGUAACAGUGCUCAUGGACCAGUAAACACAGUCGAUGUUUUAAUCAUUACGUAUCAAGACAAGGUAUGGCGUGAGGUUGCCCGUCUUCCUUACAAAGUGUUUCGUGCUUCAGGCUGUGUGUGCAAUGGUGUGCUUUACAUACUAGGAGGAUAUGUGUCUCUUUUUGAUCCAAUCAGAAGUGCUUGUGUAGCUACAGUGUCACAGCUUGUUGAAUCUAACAGCAACGAUCAAGGCAUUUUCAACACAAUAAAAGAUUUGGAAUUUUAUGAUUCUGCAUGUGUGUCAUUUUGCAAUCACAUACUGGCAAUUGGAGGUUGGAAGUCAGAUGCAGAGACAGUUCAGCCAAAAGGAACGAAGCUUGUCUACGUCUAUCACACUGGUGAGAAUGUUUGGAAGGAGCUGAAAGGUCAAUUGUCUGAGCCUCGAUGUUUUGCUUUUGCUGCUGCUUUUGAAGACAGGAUAAUGACUGUUGGAGGGUAUGAUAGACCUAAUGGAACAUGUACUGAUUCUGUAGAGUUUGCCAUCAUUCCCAGUGACAAGCCAGAGCAAGUCUGUCAGGCCCCACUACAGUCUGAGAGGGAAGCUGUCGCGUUCAAGGGGGGGGGCGUUGGUAUCUGAGGCCAAAGGGAAGCCAACUGAGGGAAGCUCCUAAAGAAGCUCUGUCUCUUGAACUUUGAUAGUAAAUACAAUGCAUAUCUUGCAUAUAGUGCAUGGUAUUAAUUUUUGUAGAUCUAGAUCUAAUACUUAGUGAAACCUUUCAGUAGUUAGUCUAUAGCUUAGUUACUAGUUACUAGUUAGAUAAUAAAAUCCACCUCACCUCAUGCAGCUGUCAAUCUGAUCUAAAGUGGCUCUA